UUGAAAUGCUAUGAUUAUAAAUACUCUGUAUAAGUGCACAGGGAAUUGCAUGCGCGUCGAUGCACAAUUCUCAGUUUAGUGGGAACUGCUGCCUCUGAUGUAUGUGACGCGGUUACGCCUUUCAGCCACUGCGCAUGUCUGCAAUUCUGUCUGAUUACCAAACCGAAGCUAGUUCCUUAUUCGUUAUGUCCACCGGUUAAAUCAACAACGCUCAAUUACUGACACAGCCAGGUACGGUUCUUAUCUGUGAAUCUUAAAUUUACGUAAAGUAAUAUCCACGUCGUUAUUCCGUUGUUCUGUGCAUGUAACGUUAGCUAUGUGUGUGCUGUAUAAUAAUUAUGUGUUACAUAUAUCAAUAGUUUGACUUGCAAAUACAAGUAACCUUUUGUUUUUAUUUCAGACGUCACUAUUGACACUAAAAUAUUGCUUUUAAAACAGAAAACUAAUGUAAUUGUAAUUAUUGUUAAGAGGUCAUCAUCAAUCCCCGAAGUAUUACUGUGGUGACUGAUCCUACGACCUCCUUAUGAGAGUAUUUAAAUUAAAUGUGUAAAUAAACCAGGACUGAUUUUCUCUUUAAAAAUCAGUUUACUUAAAGUGUCAAUCUGGAAUAAUCUCUCCGUUGUGUAUCCACACACUUAUUGAUCCUUGAAGAGACUCCAUGCUGCUUAGCUGUGAACACAAACACGUGGUUCUCAACUAUAUUUUAACAUUUAUAGAAAUGUAACGUAAUGAUUUCCUCCUCAAAUCUCGGAUGUACAUACAGUCCUUGAACGUGACGCGGCGAACGCGAAACUCGCUUCGCCGCCGUCCUCUGCGUUGACUCCACGUAUGUGCGGCUGCGUCUGUCGCCUCCUUUCCUUCACUAGUCUCCUUCCUCUCGCUCCAGCGCUGGCAGCAUGAUGGCAGCGGCGGCCCCGAACCCAGAGGACUCCGCCAGGAACACGAGCGGCGGCGCAGGCGGCAGUAGUAGCGGCAGUAGCGGUAGCAGUAGCGGCACCAGCACACCCAGCGUCCUCGUCGGAGACGGGGACGCGGAGGAGGCCGAGGACUUCACCUCCUCCUCCCACUGCUCGGAGCUGUCUCGGCGGCAGAACGAGCAGCGGAAGCAGGGCUUGUUCUGCGACGUGACGCUGGCCUUCAGCAGCGGGGCGGCGAGCGGGAGCGUCCAGAGCUGCGAGUUCUCAGCCCACAGGUCUGUCCUGGCUGCGGCUACCGAUUAUUUCCCCCCGUUGCUCGGGGGACAGUUUUCCGAGUCGUUGUCCAGUAGGGUAGAGAUGAAGGAAUGGAGCGCGGAACUGGGGCCGGACCCGGAUACGGUGGAGAGUGUCAUCCAGUACAUGUACACUGGGGAGAUACGCGUUAGCACCUGCAAUGUGCAUGAAGUCCUGGAGCUAGCUGACAGAUUCCUCCUGCUGCAGCUGAAGGAUUUCUGUGGCGAGUUCCUGAAGAAGAAGCUGAGCCUGACCAACUGCGUGGCGGUGCACAGCCUCGCCCACAUGUACACCUUGGACCAGCUGGCUCUCCGGGCCGCGGACAUGAUCCGCCGCAACUUCCACAAGGUCAUCCAGGACGAGGAGUUCUACACGCUGCCCUUUCACCUGGUGCGCGACUGGCUGUCCGACGCGGAGAUCACGGUGGACUCCGAGGAGGUGCUGUUCGAGUCCGUGGUGAAGUGGGUGCAGAAGAACCCGGAGGAGCGAAGCCGCUACUUCGAGGAGCUGUUCCGCCUCCUGAGGCUGCCGCAGAUCAAGCCCACCUACCUGACCAGGGCGGUGAAGACGGAGCCGCUGGUGGCCGCCCGCGAGGCCUGCCUCCGGCUGGUGUCGGAGGCGGUGGAGGGCCACGCCAUUCGCUUCGAGAACCUCAAGUCGACGGACAUGGAGUUCUGGUCCUCCCACAUGGCGUCCUUUCAGCCGCGCUUCGGCCAGAACAUGGACGUCAUCAUGGUCGUGGGAGGCGUGUCGGAAGGAGGGGACUACCUGAGCGAGUGCGUGGGCUACUUCAUCUACGAGGACCGUUGGGUCAACCUGCCGCACAUCCACAACCACCUGGACGGCCACGCCAUCGCCACCACGGAGACCCACGUCUACGUGGCCGGUUCCAUGGAGCCGGGCUUCGCGAAGACGGUGGAACGCUACAACCCGAAUCGCAACACCUGGGAGCAGGUGAGCAACCUGACCACGCGCAAGCACUCCUUCGGCCUCGCCCGCAUCAAGGAUAUCCUGUACAGCAUCGGCGGCCACGGGAACUUCAGCCCGGGCUUCAAAGACGUCAGCGUCUACGACCCCGAGCAGGACAAGUGGCACAAUCUGGAAUCGGCGCCCAAGAUCCUGCGCGACGUGAAGGCGGUGAGCCUGGAGGACCGCUACGUGUACGUGACGGCGCGCACGCCCGUCGACACGGACAACGACGACGGGCUGAAGACGGUGACCAGCCGCUACGACACGGAGAGCCGCCAGUGGCAGGACGUGGACUCCCUGCCGCUGAUCGACAACUACUGCGUCUUCCAGAUGGCGGUGGCCUCGACCAACUUCUACCACACGGCCUCCUGCUGCCCCAAGAGCUACGCGGAGCGCGACGAGGCGGCCAAGCUGAAGAUCAGCGCGCGCGUCUCGGACGAGAUCCUGGAGAGCCUGCCCCCGGAGGUGACCAGCGUGGAGGGCGCCGCCGUCUGCCACUUGGACGACGACGUGUUCGUCGUCGGCGGCUGGAAGAACAGCGACGACGUGGACAAGCAGUACCGCAAGGAGGCGUACCGCUACUGCGCCGAGAGGAAGCGCUGGAUGCUGCUGCCGCCCAUGCCUCAGCCCCGCUGCCGAGCCGCCGCCUGCCACGUGCGCAUCCCCUACCGCUUCCUGUGCGGCUGCCAGCGGUACCCCAUGCCGCAGAACCUGGCCCGCCAGCGGGACCGCAUGCAGCAGAUGCAGCAGCUCCACCGGCGCACGCUCACCUUGCGCCGGCAGCUCCAGUCGCAGAUCGAGUGCUGAGCGGCUCGGGGGGGGGGGGGGGGGGGGGUCGGCCCUGCUCC